UGCAAAUGAGUCAGAAGCGUUUUGUAAAUUUAGCCAUACAGCUGAAAGACCUGAUUUACCCGAAACGAAAAAAGUAUUGUAGGAGAAGUCUUUCAUUUGAUACAGAUAUGUCGAGACGUGGUUUUGGUAAGGUAUUUUUAGUGGUUGCCUUGCUGGCAAUGACCAUGCUGCCCCUGAGUGAAAGCAGACCAGGACGGGGUCGAAAGAGGUCCUUUGGACUUGGCCUGCUAGGUGGAGCACUGGCUGGAGCUGCUAUUGGUCAUGCAGUGGGAAAUGCCAAGAACACACCAGCGCCAGCCCCUGCCCCUGCGCCUGCUGCUGUUGCCGCUGGAACGCAUGUUCAUCAUUAUUAUCCUGCAGCAGAUCCAGUCCAUGCUGUCGCUGUUGCCGUGCCACAACCCAGUCCCACUGUGGUCGAGACUGGUGCUCCCGAUGCCAAUGGCUGCUACAAACAAACUAUUCGCGAACAGGAUCCACAUAAUCCAAAAGCCUACACUGAGACGCAACAUUUAGUUUGUCCCACCAUUAAACAGGUGAAUGUGGCCGCACCGCCCAUUUCUCCCAGUGUUAAUUUGGUGCCCGUGAUGCCACAACCACAUCCCGUGGUUGUACCAGUGCCUGCCACUGCUCCUGUGGCCGCGCCAGUCGUUCAGGCCGUGCAUCCUACAGCUGCGCAUCCUGCGCCAGCUGCCGCUCCUGCCGUCCCCGUGGUUGCCACUCCACUUGCACCCGCCGUCCCCGUGGUUGCCGCUCCCCUUGCACCCGUUGUUGCCGCUCCUAUUGCUGUCCAUCACGCACCGGCGGCAGCCGCUCCAGUUAUUCCCGUUCACGUUCCAGCCCCAGUAGUUGGGCCUGCCCAACCACCUCAAGUGAUUGUUUUAUCAAAAAAAACUGUUUACUAUCCCAAAAAGAAGUCAGGAGCAGCAAUUCCUCAAGGUUGUUUUGCCCUGCUGGUGGUCGUUUUCAGCUUUACAACUUUUCUUAUCUAAUAUAUGAUAAAUUUAAUUUUAAAAUUCAAAUUACUUAAUAAAGAAAUGACUGAAGUCAUACUUAUAUA